GAUAAUUAAAGGUAUAUCCCGGAUAAUUAAAGGUUUAUCCCGGAUAAUCAUUUGUUGGGGUAAUAUUUCACAUCAUGUCGCAGCGUCAAUUAUCGAGAGCCUUCUCAACGGAAUGUUCACUUUCGGAAGAGAUCGAGCUGUUGACAGCAAUCUAUGUGGACGAACUCAAUCAGAGUGAUGGACAUUCUGAUGACGUUUUGACUUGCUUGGAGUUGGAUUUGCGGCCCAGCACUGCGCAAGACGUCGCCACUCAACAUGUCUGUCUGACACUCUCUGUUUGUGUUCCUAAAGCGUAUCCCAAAGAUAUCCCAACGUUUUACAUAAAGAAACCAAGAGGUCUGUCAGAAGCUCACAUUGACAGUUUGUUGUCAGAGCUACACGAGAGAGCUGCUGAACGCACUGGUAGCCCAAUGCUGUUUGAACUAAUCGACCUUGUGAAGGAUCAUCUCACCGACAACAACAGACCGUUUGGUAGUUGCCCGUUGUGUCUCUACAAUUUCAAGGACGACGAUUUGUUCUACAGAACAGAUUGCUACCAUUACUUCCAUACAAAGUGUAUUACAGAUUACAUUUCGUUCGUAGACGACGAACUCGAGGUUGAACCAAACGUAACAUGUCCAGUCUGCAGACUUAGCAUCGACGUCGAUCCAUCUGCGUUAUCCAUACACUCAGACGAGUGUGAGGAAAGUACGGAGUUGUGUUAUGUGCCUGAUGCUUCAAUGAGGGCUUGGCAGGGACGAAUGGCAACGUUGUAUAGGAAACAGAUGGAACAUGGAGGAAUAAUUGGGAUGGAUACAAAGAAGAGAGCAGUUCUAGAGAUAUCGGCCGUUCCAUCUUGUGCUGCAAAUACUGAAAGAAUACCUUCGCACACAAAGACAGGGACGGUUGAGGAGAACCCUCAAGUCAGCCACACAGACAGAGAAAAAGACGACACACACAAGAAGACAGCAGAGAGCGACGCAGAUGUAGAAACCAAGCAGAAGACGGUUGAACGAAGAGAACACCUAGACCAUCCAUCUCAUGGGAAUACACAGAGACUCGGUCAGAAUGACAAACGAUGGACAAGUAGAACAAGCACGAGAUCAAAAAAACCCGCUAGUACAACAAAAGUUGAACGACAAACAUUAAGAACAACAUGCAAGAAUACCACUCAAUACACAAAGUCACGUGAUCGUAUCCCUCCUGGGUUUUCACAAACAGAAUCGGUUGAGAAAGCACCAACAUGCAAGGAUACCAUUCAAUACACAAAGUCACGUGAUCGUAUCCCCCCUGGGUUUUUACAAACAGAAUUGGUUGAGAAAGCACCAACAUGCAAGGAUACCACUCAAUACACAAAGUCACGUGAUCAUGUCCCCCCUGGGGUUUUACAAACAGAAUUGGUUGAGAAAGCACCACCACUCAAUACACAAAGUCACGAUACCACUCAAUACGCAAAGUCACGUGAUCGUAUCCCUCCCGGUUUUCUACAAACAGAAUCGGUUGAGAAAGCCACAGACGUCGUGAAAUUUGUUCCUCCACCCCCUGGCUUCCCACCUAUAGAAAGCAACACGAAGGACGAGUGUCGUCGUGUGGCUAGACGUCAGUCGGACGACAAGAGAUGGGACGGUUCUAGUGGCUCAACAACGAGAAGGCAACACAAUGGACGGACGUUUCGAGGCGAAAUGUAUGGCAGAAAAUAUGGAAGGAAACCUUUGAAAAAGAGUGAUACAAAAAAUUGA